CUGUAAUUAGCAAACCCCUAGUAGCAGCUAUUGUGCACUUUAUUAUGCAGAGCGGGCAGGGAGCAGCCCUCCCCCAGGCAUGUGAGAUUCCCGGCUCCUGGGCCCCCCUCUCCCUCUAUGUCCUUUGUGUGCACAGCGGCCCCUUUGUGUCUGCCUUACACAUCCCAUCAUUCCCUCCUCCCUGUAGUAAGUCUAUGCCUCUCCCUGUGCCCUGCCUCCUCCUCCCCCGCAUGUCUGCUCGCUAUUCCUUACUCCCAGUUACUGGCGGGCUGCUGGGCGUCCCUACUCUGCCGGAGCCUUGGGGGGAGAAGUGCGCACAGCUGUGGCGGCUCUGGCUGUGAGUGGGAGCGGACGCGGCAGAUUUCUUUUCAAAGAGAGAAACUUUACAAAUAGAAACUGGCCAAAUUCAAUAGGAGGAAGCCGCUGCCGUCGGUCAAUCCUCCGCUGAGGACUUAUAUUGACAUAUCGGGAGCUUACAAAAAGAUCCUCGUACAGCCUUCCAUUAUGAAGCAAUUAAAAAGAAAGCGAAAAAGUAAUUUUAGUGUUCAGGAAACGCAAACUUUGCUGAAGGAGAUUAAGAAAAGGAGAGAUAUCAUUUUUUCGAAACAACUGAACACGACCAUUAACGAGAUGAAACGCAAAGCGUGGGAAGAAAUCGCUGAGUGCGUAAAUGCGCUCGGAGAAGGGGAGCAAAGAACAGGAACGGAAGUGAAGCGGAGGUACCUGGAUUGGCGAGCCCUAGUGAAAAGAAAGCGGCUCAAUUCCGAUGUCAAAUUAGGAGGUUCGGCCUUUCACCUGCCCUUGUCCGAUCUCGACGACUCUAUAAAUGAUGACACAGAUGACAAACCGAGUGUGUUAACAAGCGAAUCGAGUUUGGAGUGGAAAAAUGUGGCCGAUGUGCGAGAAGCAAGUGAAUCCAUGACCGAAAUUAAAGUUGAAGAAGAAGAAGACCCUCAAGGUUUUGAGGCUGUAGAAUCUGUGACGCCAACGCAGAUGUACCAGAUUGCCAGCACCAUAGAUUCUACGUAUCUGGGUUAUUUUGAGGGUCCUAGUUGGAAAAAACGCGUGUCACAUCCCUGCUUGGGGAUUCAACUAAACGCGCGGCAAAAUAGAAUUCUGUAUAAUAAGACUCCUAGUGAUGAACAGUUUGAGAUUGAAGAAGAAGAUGAAAUGUUAUCAACGGUUCUUCCUGACUCCAGAGAGGAGAAUGAUCUUCCCGAAGAAUUUCCUAGAAUUGAAGAAUUUGGCACCUUGAGCUCCAUAGCACGAAUACCAUACAAAGAAUCCCAUCUCCUCGUAACCUUAGAGAAACAAAAGCUGGAGCUAGAGCGGCAGCGUUUAAGUAUCGAAGCAGAGCGUCUACAAGUAGAAAAAGAGAGACUGCAAAUUGAAAGGGAACGGUUGCGGCACUUAGAUAUGGAACACGAACGGCUGCAGCUGGAAAAAGAGAGACUGCAAAUUGAAAGAGAAAAGCUACGACUCCAGGUUAUGCAUGCGGAGAAACCAAACCUAGAAAAUGAUUUUGCUCAGUCAGAAAAGACUGUUUUGCAACCACUGGACAUAGAAGCAGAAAAAUUAAAGCUGGAACGGGAGCAUUUGCAGUUGGAGAAAGAGAGGCUGCAGCUCCUGAAAUUCGAAUUUGAGAAGCUUCACAUAGAAAAGGAGCGCUUGCAGGUAGAGAAAGAACGUCUUCGAAUUCAAAGAGAGGGGCAUCUGCAGUAAAGUAAAGGCACACAGCUAAAAAAAGUUUAGCUUUCUAGUGUCUGUAGGUCUUGCCCUUGCUUCUACUUACCAGCAGGGUCACCUACAGGUGUGUUCUUUAGCUGUUCUUAGCAGAAGGGUUGGCAACAUUCAGCCAAAUGGUGAUCCUGAAUUCUUCAAUGUGCCUGCAUUAAUUAGCGGUUUGUGAGACUGUUAGAAUACUUAGACUGUUUUGCAUCCCACACAGGUAUUUUUAGUGCUAGAGGAACCAAUGUUUUAAGAAAGACUUUGUACAAGUGUUUAACAGCUCUGUAGAGCUUUGCUUCUGUGUCUCAGUGUUCCAUCUGUUUUAACUUGAACUCAUUUUUGUAGGACGCCCUUCACUUGACCUUCAAACACAUCCCAGCGAGCUGCGUAGCUUGUGACCUACAGGACUCCCAAAUCCAUAGUGCGACAACUUUUGAUGGGAUAAAAGAGAAAACGAAUACGUUAGUGCCAGGUUCUUAAAAACGUUCUCUUCUUUCUCUCUUUGCUUUCAAACUGCAUCACUGAACAAAGUGUUGUUAAUCUGUAAAGUAUUUUUAUAUCAAUGUUCAUAUUUUUCUUUUUAUGUUUAGUAAAACAUUUUUAAAAAGAUAGCUUGGUUUGUUCUUUGGUGCUCUUUGAUAACAUUUUGAAGUGUUCUAGUUUUUUUUCUCAAUGGCUUCCACAGUCAGACAGACUAAGAUAGAUACUAAGAUUUGAUUGUAAGUAUUGCUGACAGAUUUGAGAAGCUUUUCCUGAAACUUGACUCUUGUUUUUGACAAUGUUUUAUUUUUUUACGAUUGUUAUGUUUAGGAUCAAUCAUAUUUGCAUCCUCUAUGUCGCCAAAAAAAGGUAAUUUAUCUCUCUAAAGUGCAAUUUUCUUUUGCGUACUGGCAAGUAAAUUGAAGAGACUGAUGUUUUUAAUCUUCCGUUCAUAAUUAGGAUGCACAAAAAGUGCAGCCAUGAAAUUGCUUGUACUAAACUUAAGGUGGCCAUACAUAGGGUUUGCUUGUUUGGUGAGUUCGCCAAAGGAGCAGAUCUUUCCCCGAUAUGCCCGUCUAAGGUGGGCGAUAUCUAGCAAAUUUGAUUGUUUGGUCUUAGGGCCAAACAAUCAAAUUACAACUGCAGAGAUAGGAAUGGUCAGGGCGAGGACCGCAUCAAUGAGCCGAUGUGGUCCCCGAUCUGACCAAAAAAAAAUCAACACCUGCCUGAUUUUCAGCCAGAUAUCGGUCAAGUAGGGCUGUCGGGGGUCCCCAUAAAGGGGCAGAUAAGCUAAGUCUAAAGGACCCAAAUCGGCAGCGUAAAUCUGCCAUGUAUUGGCCACCUUUAUACCCGGCAGCUCUUAAUGAUCGGCUAUUGAUCUCUUAACACAAUUGAAGAGAUUUAAAAUUUUAUGCUAGCAUAUAUUAAAUAGUAUAAUUUUUGAAGCGAGAAAGGGUUCUUCUUCCAAGUCUUAGCCCUUUUAAAGGGAAAGUCUAUUUUGGAAACAUACUUAAUGUGGCCCUAGUGAAGAAAAAAAAGUAUUGCUUGUAUUUAUUCACAUUGUGCCUCCACUAUUUGAAAAUUCAGAUGAAACCAAAAUUAUCUGCGCAGUGAAAAAGGAACAGUGAGUGAAAUAAAAGUACACGUGGCUGAGUUUACCUUACGUAUAAUUACACCUUUCGUGUAAUUAUUUUACGUUAACAUUUUUUACAUUUUACAAAACUGUUCGACUGUUCCUGCUAGGUCAAGUCAAGCAAACCUUUUGCCAUUUUUCAUGCCAAUAUGGCCACUGGAUAAUUGGAAAAGGAUAGUGCACACUUAAGAAAACAAUAAUAAGCAUAUGAGGUACGAAUUCUAAGGCCAUCGCCACACAGGCAGAUUCUCAGCCUGUGGAUAAAUGCAGCCCGAGGAUCUGCCCCAUGCUCAAGAAAGCAAAUUGAUGUGCUUGCACCCCAGAGCCAUUGCAUUGGCCCGUUGCGGUGCAGGCACACAGAGCGGAAUCCACCCUGUGUGGCACUGGCUCAAGGAGUUAACCCAAAAGCAGCUUCAAAUUAGUCAUGGAAAAAGUACUGUCACUUUUUCUUCAUCAAAUGUCCCUGAUGAAGACCACCCUAAGGGGUUUAAAUGCAUCAGUGUUAUAUAAUAUCCUUAAACAUCAAUACAAUUUGUGUGCAAUUCCUGUGUACUUUUAAUAAGGCUACUGAAGUUAGAUGACAUUAAUGCAGCCUCAUAUUAGAAGGAUAAAUAUUUUUUUUUCCUCCCAGAUCACUAGCAUAUUUAAGGCAGAAAUUCGAAUUAGUUAAAUGAAAAUAACAUUGUUCAUUGACUUCUAGAAAUCUCAAAAGGUUUGAUUUUACAUUUAAUAAAUUGCACAAAACUUAAAGGGGUUGUUCACCUUGAAAUUAACUUUUAGUAUAAUGUAGACAUUGAUAUUCUGAGACAAUUUGCAAUUGGUUUUCACAUUUAAUUUUUUGUAGUUUUUUAGUUAUUUAGCUUUUUAUUUAGCUCUCCUGUUUGGAAUUUCUGCAGCUAUCUGGUUGCUAGGGUUGCUUACCUGAGCAACCAGGUAGUGGAGUGAAUGAGAGACUGGAAUAUGAAUAGAAGAAGGACUAAAUAGAAAGAUUAGGAAUAAAAAGUAACAAAAAAAUAAAAUUGUAGCCUCACAGAGCAAUAUGUUUUUGGCUGCCGGAGGUCAGUGACCCCCAUUUGAAAGCUGGAAAGAUGUAGACGAAUCAGGCAAAUAGUUAAAAAAAAACUAUAACAAACACAUAAAGAAGACCAAUUGCAAAGUUGUUAGGAAUAGUACAUUCACAAUAAAUUAAUAACGGGGAUCCUGAAUGGCCAGUCAAAAGGGGUCAAAGCUAAUGGGAUACAGCCCCCAGAUUAAAGGGCAAAUCCAACAUCCAUAUCAAUAGCAUAUCCCAAACUCAACAUUUCAACUCAAAAUCACAUUUUUAUUCAGAUAUCCAUGGCGGCACUUUGUGGGUCUGUAUGUUUUUACAUGGAUAUUUGAAUAAAAAUGUGAUUUUUUUUUUUUCCUUUUCAAAUUUUGUGUUGAGUUUAUGAUACUUUUGGUAUGGAUGUAGGAAAAGAACAUUCUCUAACAUGCUAAAAGUUAUCUUAAAGGUGAACCACUCCUCCUUUUUUUUUUUUUUUUUUAAAAUGCUAUUUGCGUUAAUUUUUUUUCCAAAUGAUCUUUGUUCUGUAGAGAUCAGAAUAAACAGGAAGCAGCCGUUUUGCUACUUUACCAUAUUUAACAGUGGAUCGUUGUUGCACAGUUCACUGGCGGUUUCACCCCGGCGUACCAUGGCGUAUGUUCAUUUUACAUAGUCAUAACGAUCUGUAACGGGUGCAGUUAUUCCACAUGAUAAUAUAUAUAUAUUUUUCUUGUUCACUGGCGAACUGAAUAUUUCAAAGUAACUUUGUGAAUAUUGGUAAUGAUCAUUUAGAACUUUCCAGGCUGUGAAUCUUUUCUCAUGUGCAGUGUGACAUGCCAACCGACUAACAUGAAUUAGUCUGUAAUUGAUGUGCACACUCGGGAAAAAAAAAAACGGCAACGUGCAUAACCUCUAUCGAACAUACAUUUAAAGCAACUUGAGCAGUAACUCUGUGAUCAUCUACAGUGCACAUGUAUGUAUAAAACUGUAUAAAGUAUCUGCCCAUGAGAUUUGUGUUGCUGACGCUUGGUUGUGUGUGCACUCACACUCUGUUUUUCGAUUUUGUAGCUAAGGUGGGACAAUUGCUUAUCGGAAGCUGUACCUAGUGACUUGCAUAUUAACGAUGAUAAUAUACUCACACAAAGAAUAAUCUCAGUAUGUUAAUUUUAUGCACAACCACCUGUUAGUGUUUUGUUAUCAUUGUACAUGUAGAAAAAGAGUAUAUUAAUGUCUAGUGUUCUUAAAUACCAAUAACUACAGUGUAUAUCUAGAACCUGAUUCAUAGAAAUAAAAAGUAACAUCAGUGUGCAAA